AUGCGCCUCCGGAGAACGAAGUUUGUUCGAUAUGCCAUGGCCACUUCAUCGCUCCUUGUCAAGCUAAUUGCUCCCAUUGGUUCUGCGGUACGAUCUUCUUAUUUCUUUUGCUUUCGUUUCUCCUUCUCAGUUCUCUCGAAUCGUUUUCGGAUAGGAAAUUGCAUUAUGCUUGUUUGGAGGCAUGGAUCUACAUUACGGCCAUGCAAAUGUCCCUUGUGUCGUCGUCCUAUUAGUUUGUUAGUUCCUUCAGAGGAAACAGUGAGAGUUCGGGAUGAUGCUUCAGUUUCCGAGGUUCUUCACGAUGUCGAGACUUACAACCGAGUCUUUGGUGGACAAUCAAGUGGUCUAGUUCAGAGGAUGCAAGAUCUUCCCUUCUUACUUCGAAGGUUGUUGCGAGAAAUUAUGGAUCCACGAAGAACGCUUCCAUUUGUCAUCAGAGCUCGCAUAUAUAUUGCGUUGAUACUCAGUGCGAUUUACAUAAUCAGCCCAAUUGAUAUCAUUCCAGAAGGAGUCUUGGGGGUUAUUGGUUUACUAGAUGAUUUACUGAUAGCCCUGAUUUGUUUCCUCCAUGUCGCUGCUCUUUACCGAUCUGUUCUCUAUUUCCGUCAUGGUGGUUCGUGAAUCUCUUUGAACUUUUUAUAUCAUGAAUCAUCACAGCUGAAGAACUAAGUGACUUGGUCCUUGUUUGGCCCUUGCCUUCUUUAAUACAUGGUUUUGACUGUUAGACUUAGGAAACUUGAUUUGGAUGAUUAAACAAAGACGUUUCUUUCAUUUCAGUAAUAGAUGUAUUGAGUGAAGCAAUUGAAUUUCUCCAACACCAGAAGAAAACUAAAAGAAAAUAUGUACA